AUGGAAAAUGGGAAACUUUUGAGAGAGAUUAAUAGCACCACCUUGACUCUGGUUCCAAAGGUGGCCCACCCUACUUUGGUGAUAGAGUUUAGGCCUAUAGCUGUUGCAAUGUCAUUUAUAAGUGCUGGAUUUAUGGAAGGGAGACAGAUUUUGCAGAAUAUUAGUAUUGUGCAGGAUUUGGUCUCAAAGUAUGGAAGAAAGGAUGCUCCUAAAGGUUGCUUGUUAAAAGUGGACAUUAGAAAGGCUUAUGAUUCUGUAAAGUGGGACUUUCUUUUAGAGAUGCUGUCAGCUUUGAACUUUCCUGCCGGGUUUAUCCAGUUGAUCAUGGCUUGUGUUACUUCCCUUCUUACACGUUGUGCAUUAAUGGAUGAUCUUAUUAUCUUUAGUAAAGGGGAUAAGAAUUCUGUAAAUUUCAUUUUGAGAAGUCUUGCAACUUUUGCUUCUUCUUCUGGUUUGGUGGCUAAUGAGGGCAAGUCUAACAUUUACUUUUGUAAUGUUAGUGAGGAGGAUAGAGAAGAUAUUAUCAUAACUUCUGGUUUUAUGGAAGGGAAGCUACCUUUCAGAUACUUAGGGGUUAAUGUGAGCUCCAGAAAGUUGUCAAAAGGUGACUGUCAAUGCCUAAUUGAUAAGAUCACAGGAAGGAUCAGAAAUUGA